AUGCCGAAACCAUACAAUAAACCUCAAAGGCGUAGAUCUUUUAUUGGACAAUGGGACAAAACUACCAAAGUGGUGAAUGUCAAACAAAAAUACUAUGUUAAUGAGGUUGAUAAAUACACAGAUAUUCAAAAAGCAACUUUUACUCGCUGGGUCAACAUUCAGUUACGCUCGAUUCAUCAAUAUGAUUUUUUAAACUCCGACAAUAAUUCAUCGAAUCCAAAUGAAAGUUUAGCAAAUAGACUUCCUGAAAUUAAAGCAAUUGAUAAAGAUUUCAGAGACGGUACUAGAUUGAUUGAAUUAUUGCAGGUUCUUUAUGAGGGUGACUCAGAAUUACCGAAAUGCGAACGUGGUGGUAAUACAAGACACCAUCAUAUUGCAAAUGUUAGUAAUGUUUUAGACUUUUUGAGAAAUCGUUUGGAUGAGUCGGGUCUGGCUGCUUUACAAGCCAUCGGACCCGUUGAUAUUGUUGACGGUAAUGUGAAAUUGACAUUAGAAGAAGAAGAAGAUCAUGAAAAAAUUGAACAAAUUAAUAAAGAAACUUUUUCGAUAGAACAAAAAGAAGGUGGAGAAGAAGAAGAAAAAUCAGUUGAUAACAAUAUUAAUAAUUAUCUUGGGAAAAAACCAGUUAAUAAUAACAAAAAUUCAAUUCGUUAUUCAAGAAUGUUUCUGAAUCCAAGACAAAGUCUCAAUGUUGUAAACAAUUAUAAUAAACGAAUGUCAUUACCAGCAACAGCCAAUAAAGAUUUUCAACUUCCACCUAAAAGAUUUCGUACAUUACGUUUAAAUGAUUCUUCUAUGUCAUUAAGUUCUUCAUCUGGUUUAUUGUUUUGGUUGAACAUGCAACUUAUUGAUUAUGCAUCCGUAUUACCUUCAAGCUCUUAUCCAAUAGAAGAUUUUACAGGUUUAAAUGAUGGUGUAUUAUUAUCUGCAUUGAUUCAUCAUAAAAAUAUGGAAUGGUUUGAAGAUUUUGAUUUAUUUAUUAAAGAUCUACCUAAUAAAGAUGCAUCAUCAACAACAAAAUUAGAUGAAGUCGAAACAGCAGCAAAAGAAAGAUUACAAAAAUGUUUUAACAUAAUAGAGGAAAAACUAGAUGUGAAACCACCCAAAUCUUUGGUUUCCAUAUUAAUUGAAAAUAAUAAUCAAUUGAGUAAAGAACAGAUUAAAAGUAGAACUGUUGAUGACGAUAAUAAUAAUAUUUCAAGAGAAUAUUCUGAAUCUUCAACAGCAAUAGAUCUGGUUUCGCCACAAUCUACUUUAUUUGAUGAAUCAUUAGAAGAAGGGUAUUCUCCAUAUUCAACUACGAAAAGUUUCUCAAUGGCAUGUUCACCGUUAUCACCGUUACCACCGUGGUCGCCUAAAAGAUUAUUAGUGACCGCCAUAGUGGAUUGGGCUGAAUUUAAAUGGUACUUGGAAUAUACAAAACGUUGA